ACCAUUUCUCCAACUUUUACAGUGGCAAAUAUUGUUGCCAUCCCAUCACUCUGCUCCAUUCAAAAUCCCUUUGCUCUGAAAAGCCCAACACAUCUGACAACUCACACACACCCAAAACACACACACUUCUUUGUGAAUAAAUCCCACUAUUUCAAUCCUACAAAAUUCAAGAAUUUAGUAGCUGCAUUGCUUUGCUCCUACCAUUGAACUAAACUAUGGUUUCCACCUACAUUUUGAUCCUCAUAUUUUCUCUGCAACUGCUUCAAUUCUCACAGUCUGCAACAGUUGUGGUUGAUGGAGUUUCACAGUGGAAAAAUCCCCAGCUUCAAAUAGGAGAUUCUGUCAUUUUCCAGCACAAAUAUCACUACACCCUCUUCAUUUUCAAGAACCAAGAAGCCUUCUCUCACUGCAACUUCACUAAAGCUACAAUCUUGAGAAACCCCAACUCCUCAAUUUACACAUGGCGCACUUCAAGGGCUGGAUUCUUCUACUUCGCCUUCUACAACGGGUCGAGCACGGCGUGCUUGGAGGGGCAGAAGCUCGCCGUUGAGGUGCGUGGCGCCGCCGCACCGGAGGCGGCGCCGCCUAUCUCCGGGGGCGGGGGGAAUGUGGCUUCGUCGCCGGCGUUUCCCUGGCCGUUUCAGCCGCGGGAGGGGGACUCGCCUAGCCCCGCCCCGGGGCUGAGCAUAGGGCCGGUGGCGCCGGAGAGGGAAGGAAUCCCGUUUAUUAAUAGUAAUCCGGCGGUGCCUCUGCCCACCGGCGAAGUUGACUCCGCCACCAUCCGCCCUGUUCCUACUUCUGGAGUCCUUCGCUCCAAACAGGUGGUGGGAGUUGAGAAAGCAGUUAGCUGUAUAAUUUUGCUACUAAUGAUGUUUUAGAGAGAGAAUUUUGAAUCUAAAGUAGCUUUAAGGGUGAUGAUUAUACCAUAUGUAAUAUUGCUGUCCUUGACCCUACUUUGGAAUCAUUGCCACUUUGUUCUUUAA